GCCUCCAGGGGUUUAAUUCCCAUCUGUAAGAAGGCUCAGAUUUACAGGUGGAUUUUACAAAGCUGUGGCUAAUAAUUAGAAAUCCCUUAUCACCACAACCUGUGGCCCCUUGGACCCAGUUCGCCUUUCUCUGGACCUAGUCCUCUGUCCCGGGAGCAUCUCUUCCAGAGCUCUUCGAAAGAUCAGCCUGUGAGUAUCUGCUCUGUUUUCUAGAUGCCUUCUUGAGCCUGCUUGUGGCCACCCACAGAUACUUGUAAGGAGGAAAGAAGUCAGCUUGCCAGAGACACUGUGAAAUGAGGGAUUAGAGGCCGGGAUCCAAGAAGCAAGAGCAGCAGCCAAAAGACAAGCAAACAGGCUCUGAAGAUACUUCUACUGAGAGGUCUGCCAUGGCCUCCCUUGGCGUCCAACUGGUGGGCUACAUCCUAGGCCUUUUGGGGCUAUUAGGCACAUCAAUUGCCAUGCUGCUUCCCAACUGGCGAACAAGUUCCUAUGUUGGUGCCAGCAUUGUGACGGCGGUUGGCUUUUCCAAGGGCCUCUGGAUGGAGUGUGCGACACACAGCACAGGCAUCACCCAGUGUGAUAUCUACAGUACCCUUUUAGGACUUCCUGCUGACAUCCAGGCUGCCCAGGCCAUGAUGGUGACGUCUAGUGCAAUGUCCUCGCUGGCCUGCAUUAUCUCUGUGGUGGGCAUGAGAUGCACCGUGUUCUGCCAGGAAUCUCGAGCUAAGGACAGAGUGGCUGUAGUGGGUGGAGUCUUUUUUAUCCUUGGUGGCAUCCUGGGUUUUAUCCCAGUUGCUUGGAAUCUUCAUGGCAUCCUUCGGGACUUCUACUCACCGCUGGUUCCUGACAGCAUGAAAUUUGAGAUUGGAGAGGCUCUGUACUUGGGCAUUAUUUCAGCCCUGUUUUCCUUGGUAGCUGGAGUCAUCCUCUGCUUUUCCUGUUCACCCCAGGGAAAUCGUACCAACUACUACGAUGGCUACCAGGCCCAGCCUCUUGCCACUAGGAGCUCACCAAGAUCUGCUCAACAGCCCAAAGCCAAGAGUGAGUUCAACUCAUACAGCCUGACUGGGUAUGUGUGAAGAACCAGGGGCCAGAGCUGGGGGUGGGGUGGGGUGGUGGCUGGGACUAUACAAAACAGUAGUGGACAAUGCCCCCAGGGUCACAGGCAAAGGACAUUGCCACUGAAUCAUAUGUAAGGUGCUGCUGAGGGUAGAAUGACUUUGGCCAUUGGAUGAAGUGAAGGCAGAGAUGAGAACAGGGAUGCCAGCAUGCAGAUGGAAUUGCCAAGGACACUUACCAGGCUAGCUUUUCUAUUUCCCUCACUUGGCCUCACUAAGGCACCACCUGUGCCUUGAAUGCUCAACCCAAAAGUCCAAUCUCAUCCCUGCCACUUUGGGCUACACCCAGAGACUCUCUUCUGCCCUUUGGUUUACUUGGAGAUCUGUCCCCCAACCAAUCAUAUCUUAUUGACUAAUAACCAUCUGUAAUCACAAUACCGUCUCCCUCUGGCUGAGGUUGGCUCUUAACUCAAUUACUAGGGGACAGAGAAAAGAAAGAGAGGUGGCUCCCGUGAGAAUGUUCCUAGCUCCCUUCUCAAAUCUCCAGCCAAAGAAAUGGAUUGGUCAGUAAUGGGCCCUGAAGCCUCUCUUCCAGUUUUGCUAUGAAUGCAGUAUGUCCAGACUGGUUUGUGAAGAAGCUGAAGGAAAGCUAUCUCAUGGCAUCCAGCAGAAAGCAGCUGAGUACCGGAUGGGAGGCAACCUGGGAUCUAAAGAAACAAAACAAACAACAAAACCCACCAGAAUCACUUUUCAUGGCACCUCCCGUAAUUCCUGUACAUUUGUGGGGGUCAGGGAAGGAAGCACUGCUACAGGAAAGCACAAAAAAUGAAUGGAAAGCACAAGGCUGCAGCCUUCUGACUCCACGGAGGAAUUGCCCAGAAACUGAAGUGAACAACUACCACUGAAAGUUCUGCCUCCCACUGGGGAGUCUGAUCCAGCUUCCUGCUAAACCCCAAGACUUGGAGCCCUAGACAAGGGUUUCCUUAGGGACAAUAAACCAGUUUUUCUAGAGCUGUCCUUUGACAUGGGAGCCAACAGAGGGCUAAAAAAGAUACUACUCUUUAGCCCUGGCCAAGAAAGAAUAAGGAUUUUAGUAUCAAAGAACUGGGCAGAAAUGCAUGGUAGAUGUUGUGUGUGCUUCUACUGUUUCAGAGAGGCAGCCCUACCAGAUACUUUAGACUUAAUGGACAAACAACCCAUCAGGGCCUAUACUCAGCACUACAGAGCCUCUGAAGACCACAACACCAGAGAGGUCCUUUGUCACUUUUAAUACUUGAGUCAUUGUCCAUCAGAAGAUAUUCUCACAGGUACACAAAGCCUCCAGUGUGGAACAUCUGUGACCAAGGUGUUGUGUUCAUGACCUGAGUGAUUGGUGAGCUUCUGCCUGGGAUUGUGCUUGCGGGGGAGAAAGGGAGACUGGUUCUCAGUCCAACAGUUUCACCUCCAUGGUCUUAAAAUGCUCCAUUUCCUCUGUGGUAGAUGGGGGUCAUAAACCAGAGACAUUACCCCCUGUUUAAUAUCACCAGCUUCAGAAGAUUCCCAGCACACCCCAUCAAAACUUCAGCACCAGCAAGAGAAACCCAUAUGUGAGGUUUAACAUGCCUUUUCUAUUUCCACCAUAUUGCUUGUGUUCAAGCUAUUAUGCUGACCUGGAAGCCAUUUCCUUUUAACUAAGUUUUCCCCAUGCUUGGAGAACUUGCUCAGCACCCUCCCCUUCAUUGAGCUUUCUCUGACCACUCCUUCCUGUUCUUUCCUUUCCCUCCUCCAACUCCCAAUAUAUAAAUUGCUUAAUCCUUAUCAUUCAUAAUUUUGAUUGAUAGUUUAUAGUUCUUGUAUGUGCAUUUACGUGUGUGUGUAUAUCAAUCUGACUGCUUGUCUGUCUGUGUCAUCUCAAAAGUUCAUUGUAAGUACUUGGAGGGCAAUUGCUAUAUCUUAGAUCUUCUACAUGUAUACCCAAGACUGUAACAGUGCUGGGCACACAAAAGGUGAUCAAUAAAUGGAUGUUGAUUGAGU